GGCUGCCGCCGAAGCUGGAGGGCCCAGAGCGCCAGAGGCGGCUGCGGGAGCUGGAGGGCGCGGGCGGGUAUGUCUCGCUGGACCGGCAGAAGGUGUAUUUUUUCGGCAUCAUCGACGUGCUCGAGCACUACUCGCUGCGCUGGCGGGCGCAGCACUGCCUGCUGACGGUGGCCUACCAUGUCAGGGACAGGCUGAGGUGCCGUGCCGUGGCCGCGGACGGCAUCUCGGCCAUGCACCCGCGGGACUACGCCAACCGCUUCUACUGCUUCGUGGAGCACGAGGUCCUCCAAGCCACCGCCGCCGCGGCAGCGGGUCCGACCCUCGAGCGGCCCCGCUGCUGCUGCUGCCUGGGGCUGGACAGACUCGGCGGCAGGCUCGAGCGCAGCCUCAGCCCGCGCAGCGCGGGCACCCACGACAGCACCCUGCGCUGGCGGCGGCUCUGGCAGCGGCGGCGCCGCGGCCUGGUGCGCGACCGGCUCGAGGCGGCGUCCCUGGACGCGGCGCGGCGGUUCCAGGAGCUGGAGGCGCAGCUCGCUGCCAGCGCCCGGCCCUCCCUGUGCGACGCCGGCGACGGGCGCGGCGCCGCCCCGGACGACCCCGAGGGCCUGGCCGCCGCGGGCGCGCCCCCGCGCGCCGGCGCCAGAGCGCGGUUUCCUUCGCGAGCGCCGGCGAGGGCGGGGAGGGCCAGCCCAGGACCUCGUCGCGCCUGAGCGCGGGCAGCGGGGUCGGAGAGAGCCGGCGUGCGGCGCUCUCGGUGCAGCUGCUGGCGCCGGGCGAGGAGGCCGCGUGACCUGGGCCGGGCAGGCG